AUGGCCCAACCUGAUGCGAAGGGUGCAACGACCAGCGGCGUGUCCGCCGGGCCCGUCAAAGCUCCCAAACCUCAGAAUCCUGUGUUCAGAAUGAUGGGUCUCCCCAACAUUCGCAUGAAGCUUCCUUCGCGCAACUGGUGCAUAUUCUGGGGAGUCAUUGGAUCCUGGACAGCUGCAGUCCAAUACGAUCGUUACGAGAAAAGGCGGAUACACAGAAAAUAUGCGAAGCUGGUAGAACACAUCGCACAAGAGCCGUUGGACGCGCAACAGCUGCCUCGCAAACUUUCCAUCUACAUCUCUGCCCCGCCGGCUGACGGCCUUGUGUCUGCGCGCGAGCACUUCACCGAAUACAUCAAGCCCAUACUGGUCGCCGCUGCGCUCGAUUGGGAUGCGGUCGAGGGUCGACGGGAAGGGGAUGUCAGAGCUGGGCUAGCUGAGCGGAUACGAAAGCUGAGACAAAAGAGGGGCGAACAGGCUCGCGAGCCUUUCGAGCCAAGUACAGAAGACGAGGUGGAAGCGUUGAGGCAGAGAUCUGGUGUGAAGAGCUGGGAUGGACCGGGCGGAGACAUCGUCGUUGGGAGACAUGCAUGGAAAGAGUACAUCAGAGGUCUUCACGAGGGCUGGCUGGGACCUCUCGAUCCUCCCGCAUCCGCAGAACUACCUGCUGAACUUGCCGCUCCUGCGGUGGAACCGACACCUACACCGACGCCAGCACCGACUGAGACCGCACCCGAGGCUCUUGCCGCUACCACUACCACUAUCCAUUCGUCGACCACCGAUGAUGCGUCGCCCACCGCUACAUCCGAGGCUGCCAAGGCAACUGAAGCCGAGAAGCCAAAAGAGGAGGAAAAGAAGGACAAGAAGAAGAAGAAGCAGCCCGCACCGUUCAACACCACCGCCGACUAUGAACAUUCGACUGUCGCCCCGACGUGCCCACGUUCCCUCGGUCCUACCGCCGUUGUUCCUCUCCCUCACCUUCUCGGAUUCUGGAAUUUCCCCAUCCGCAUCUACCGCUACUUGAACAAGCGCCAGGUGGCAGAGGAUGUGGGCAGAGAGACUGCUGCUGCUGUACUCGGUGCUUUCCGGCCCUUUGAAGCAGCUGGAGAAGCGUCCAGCCACGACGACAGCAGCGCACAAUGGGAGCAGCAACAGGCACUUGCGUUUGAAGAGUCAAACUGGCACAAGUCUGUUCGCGAGCGCAAAGACGACAACGGCAAAGAGCGAGUAUGGUUGGACGACAUGGUGCUCGACCCUCGCAUUGCUGAGCGCAUGAAGAGGUUUGUGCUGGAACCUGAGGCGGAGGACCGUGCCAAGAAGGUGGACACUUCCUCCGACUCGUCGUGGAUCAAGUCUCUGUGGCCUGCGGAGAAGAAGAAGCCCAUGUGGCAGGGACUGACCGACGAUGAGUAA